AUGAGUUUGAGUUACUCCACCACCUCUGGUGGCAUUUCUUCUUCCACCUGCUUUACUUGCCCACCCAAAACCCCUCCUCACAGCACUAUCCGCACUGUAAUUCGAGCAUCUAAAGUUGAACCAUCGGAGAAGUCAGUGGAAAUUAUGAGGAAGUUCUCGGAGCAGUAUGCUCGUAAAUCCGGAACUUAUUUCUGCGUCGAUAAAGGAGUCACUUCUGUUGUGAUUAAGGGGUUGGCAGACCAUAAAGAUUCGCUGGGUGCACCUCUUUGCCCUUGUAGGCAUUAUGAUGAUAAAAGUGCAGAGGCUGGGCAGGGCUUUUGGAACUGUCCAUGUGUCCCCAUGAGAGAGAGAGCAGAAGUUAUCUUGUUAUUUUUGAUUGAGAGGAAUUAUGCCCCUGCGUUAGUGGGGGGAUACUAUGGGAGAUACCAUGGUGGCUUGGUUGCUUUUGGCUUUGAUCCAGUACCCUGUACAUUGUUAGCUUCAUUUUUAGUAGCAGAAAACAAAGAAGGUCUUGCAGAGAUACCCAACCCAAGAGCCACACAAAAUACAAAACAAUGGAUUGGGGUGGAUGAUAAAGGAUACACUGAUGUCCUGUCAUGUUUAGUGGACGUGGCAAGUGAACAAGGUGGUAUUAUGACUGCUUCUUUCCCUGAUUUAAUUAGGAAGGAGUGCCACUGCAUGCUCUUUCUCACUCCAGAUAAUGAUUUUGCUGGAAAGGAUCAGACAGUCUCUUUGGAAGAGAUCAGGGAAGCAACAGCAAAUAUGUGA